AUACCGCUUCUCGCUUAUCAAGCGAGUAGUCUUUUAAUGAUAAAAGACGUAUUUCUAUAUUUGUUGGCCGCAACAACCAUCAACUUUGGAGGAAUAGGGAAUUUCAUUCAAUACUUGAUCAACGAAGGUCUCUUUUCUCCGAUCGUCACCGAUCCAUCGAUCCGUCGAACCACCGAACCAAAGAUCCAUUUGUCCUCCUCUGAGAAUACAAUCGAGUCCAAUGAAACCGGUUCACAAAGACUUUCUUCGAUUAGAGAAGAUAAAGGAGAAGAAAGCGUCGGUGACUAUGGAAAAGGCUACACGUUGGAUAAUAAUCACGGUGGUGUUUGUGAGAACAAUGGUUAUGAUGAGAACAGGGAUAGUAAGAUAGACAAAGAUUUUGAUGAAGUAAAUCCUAAGGAUGUGGAGGAG